CGCCGGCGGCCGUUGCUGCUGCUGGUUCGGCGGCCGCGGCGGCCGCCGGUCUUCCAGAGUCAGCCCCGAGGGCUCCUCCAGCUGGCCGAGCACGGAGGUCGCCGUCAAGGGCACGGAGCGCUACCUUCAGCUCGACGACGCGCGCCCCCUCACGGAGAUCCUCACGCUGGACAGUCUCGAGUCCUGCAGCGAGCCCCAACUGACACAUCAUGCGCCCCCGCAAAAGCCGGUGUUGGCGAGGCCCGGCGGCAACUCCAACCCCACGCCCAACCAGAGUGCCUCGAGCGCCGCUAGUUCGGUCCUCAACGGCGUCCAGCGGGGCGCGUCAGCGCACCACCCCCUCGCCCCCCUGGACAUGGAGGACUCGUCGCCUCGGAACGACUCAGCGUCGUCCAGCCGCACUUCGGCCCACGCAUCCAGCUCCACGGUGUCCCUGCAGAACGGGAACGGGCCGUCGUCUGGGCCGGCCUCGGGGGGCACGUCGGGCUACCAGUCCGCCGCGGCCUCCCCCGGCACCAGCAACAACCAGGUUUUGGAACGAGAAACAACACUAAGCAACGACUCGUCUGGCGACGGGGAAGCCCCGGGCUUCACUAUGGUAAGCCAGGUCCAGGCGGCGGUCGACUCGGAGGACGGCGUCGACGGCGAGAGUCACCCCGUGGCGGCCCACCCGUCGUCGCUCACCGAGGGGCCCCUGGGGGAGGACGGCCCCUCGCUGGACACGCAGCACGCCAAGCACGCAGGGGCGGCCCAAGGAAUGGUGAACCGGGUGGACCUCUCACCGCCGCCCAAGCGGCAGUCGGCUGCGACCCGAAGGGCGACCACACGCCCGGGUAGGGGCGUCCGAGUGCUGAAUAGGCCGCGAGCCACCACGCCAGGCAGCCUGGGUUCCAGUGCUGGCUCAGCCAGCCUCAUCAGUCUCGCUAAUGGAAGCCUGAGCUCUUCCCUGGGGAACUCAACAGCUUCGCUCUUUGCGGACACUCUGCCUGGAUUCGACAACCCUCGAGAGGCUCUGAAUCACGGUCUCCAGCAACUGGAUUCCAUGGAGUGGGAAGUGACAAUGCAGGCACUUCAAACAAUAGUUCGACUUUUGCGACAUCAUCCAGCCAUAUUGCAAGGACAAUUGCACACCUGCUGUGAGUCCCUUGCACGCCAAGUGAAGAAUUUAAGAUCUCAAGUUGCAAGGGCUGCCUGCCAAACAGCCAGUCAUUUAUUCCACACACUGAAACGUGGGAUGGAUCCUGAAGCAGAGGACCUAUCUACAGCUCUCUUCAACCGCACUGCAGAUACCAAUAAGUUCUUGAGAGCUGAUGCAAACUCUGCAUUAGAUGUUAUGACUGACAAUGUUUCUCCUGCAAAGGCAGUGUCAGCAGUUGUACACAAAGGCUGCAGGCAUCAAAAUGCAGUCGUAAGAGCAGCAGGUGCUAGACUUUUGGCCCGACUAGUUGAAAAGAUUGGAGUGGAACGAAUUAUGUCACAACCACGAGAAACAAGAGAUCUCAUGCUGCUGACAAGUGCUCGUCUUUUGAUGGAGGGUAGUCUCGAAACUCGGUCUUACACCAAAUCGAUGCUGAAGAAUCUCGCUCAAGAUCACAGAUUAAGCUCCAUCCUAGUUGAAAUCGUGCCAUCAAAUGUUAUGAGAAGCAUUGACAAGACAUUAAAGAGUUGUAUUUUAAGGAAGUGAUAGUACACCGGCAGUGUGUGAAUUUCUCUGUGAUUGUUUUAAAAGAAUUAAGGUGCAAAAUUAUAUCUGCUGUAACUGAGCCCUUUGCUCAAGUGGAUUUCCAUCAUAAAUCCUAUGCAGUAUUCAUUAUAGAAAAAUAACAAAUGUGUUGAGCAAAAAAAGAUCUACAGUCUGUGAUUUGAAGAAAUAAUGUAUAGAGUAUUGAAAUAAGAGAUUCUGAUCAACAGUGUUUGCAACGAGCUGAGAUUCCAAUCUGAACGUGUUAGAUCCUGGGGAUUGGCAAACAAAUUGACUUGUAUUUUUUGUUUUAAAUCUGUCCCUGCAUUGUAAUACAUGUACAUAACCAAGAAACUGUGAGUAUUCUGUUAGGCGAGGUACAUAUAGUAACCAAUAAAAUUGGAGAAGCUUAAAUACUAUUCAACAAAAGUGUUCUGAACCAAAUGAAAUAGAAGUUUGCAAAAAAUUGCUGAAAGCCAGGAAAAACAAAACUUAAGUAAAGUUUUGUCACAUUAAAUCUUUUAAAAAGAAAAUAAAAAAAGAUGAAAGCGCAGUACUUGAAAUUUUUCAACAAACACAGAUAAGCUUCCCCAAACAACGGUUUACUGUAUUGCCUUCAGAUAUUUCAAGUUUUGUAUCAAAUAUUGCAGCUAAUAAGUACUCUAAUAAAUAAAAUCAAUUUUACAAA